CGGUAAUAAAUAUAUUUCCAGUUUAAAAAAGACAACAUAUGUUUUAUGAUGGCUGUUUGUUCAGCUGACAAUAAAUUUGCAAUAUCAUGGCACGAUAGUGCCUGGAUGCCUAUUUUAAAUUCAGAAAAUGUAUUGGAUUAUUUUUGUCAACGCAGUAACACAUUUUAUGAUAAAACUUGCAAUAAUGAGCACAUAAAAAUGCAGAGACUUGACCCAUCCCAAUUGCAAUUUAUGUCUGGUGUGGAGUAUCAGCUGAUACAUUCCCAGGACCCUAUACUCUACAUAAUCAGAAAACAGAUGAGAUAUUCACAAACGCAAGCUACUCCUCUGGCAUUUUAUUACAUCUUAGCUGGUGUGGUGUAUCAAGCUCCAGAUAUUGGUUCACUUAUUAAUUCAAAGUUGCUAUCAUCUGUUCACCAACUACAGUCUGCGUUUGCUGAAGCUCGUUCAUAUGCACGCUAUAAUCCCUCUAAAGGUUACUGGUGGCAGUUUACAGAGGAAUCAAAAACAAAAGGUAAUGUUAUCAAGAAAACCACCAAACCUGGUUCAGUUUUUCAACGGCAGAGGGUAGAUUUGUUGCUAUCUGAUCUUGUUGAAAAGUAUCCUCCUAGAUUGGCAAAAGCUAGUGCUGUAAAAGUUGAAAAUAACACUAAUGAUAUUCCGACAAGUUUGACAGAGUCGAAUGACAUGAAAAGUGAAUUAGUUAAUGCGACAAGAGUAAAAAUAGAACCUGAUUUGGAAACCACGUUUUCACAGAAUCCAAUAAUACGAAAAAAAAAAUAAAGUACAACUAUGGAAACGAAAAUAAAGUACAACUAUAUAAAAAUAAAGUACAACUAUAUGGAAACGAAAAUAAAAGAAAAUAAAAACUAUUUAUUUUCAAAAAGUAACUUAAAUUUAUUCUUCACUAAAACAUUUUGGUUGAUCAUAUUUAUAUAGUUUUGUAUAUUCAUUUAAAAUAUGGUAAUAAUACAUUUUUUAUUUUACAUUUAA